AGCCUUCCCCCGCCUGAGCUGCGCAGGGGCGGCUGGUGGCAGCCGCUCGCUCGCCCACGCGCUGCCGGUGCCGGGCUGCGGCGCCGACACGGUUAAGGCACCGGCGGGAUCGGGAGCCCGCUGCAGCCACCGGCGGAGCCAAACUUGCCGAGUCAGGAUGUGAGAGCGGCAGGGACGGCUCUGCAGCAUCCUUGGGUGCUGUCGCAUCCCGGGGCGCGGGGGGCUCGGCUUCCCCCUCUGCCAGACGCCUUUUCCCGGGGACAGAGCGGGAAUGGGGUAGGAACCGUCAUCCGCUGCGUUUGCCCCCCGGCUGUAGCAGCUGCUCUGCGCCGGCACCGGCGCUGCUUCCCGAGACCCGCGGAGCCGGGCUUGACUCAUUGCCUUGUGCCUGCCGACCGCGCAUCGCCCUCCGUCCGAGCACCGGAGACAGGGGUGAGGCGGCGAGUGGCUCCGGGGAGCCCAGGCUGGCUCCAUGUAUCCCGAAUCCACCACUGACUCCCCAGCGCGACUCUCGCUGCGGCAGACAGGCUCCCCAGGGAUGAUUUACAGCGCGAGAUACGGGAGCCCCAAGCGCCAGCUCCAGUUCUACAGGAACCUCGGGAAGUCUGGGCUGCGUGUGUCCUGCCUGGGUCUGGGAACAUGGGUGACUUUUGGAGGGCAGAUCACAGAUGAGAUGGCAGAGCAGCUGAUGACUUUAGCUUAUGACAACGGCAUUAAUCUCUUCGACACAGCAGAAGUCUACGCUGCUGGCAAGGCCGAGGUGGUGCUGGGGAACAUCAUCAAGAAGAAAGGGUGGAGGCGGUCCAGCUUGGUCAUCACCACCAAAAUCUUCUGGGGAGGAAAGGCCGAGACUGAGAGAGGCCUGUCCCGAAAACACAUCAUAGAAGGUCUGAAGGCAUCGCUGGAGCGGCUGCAGCUGGAGUACGUGGACGUGGUGUUCGCCAACCGGCCCGACCCCAACACGCCGAUGGAAGGGGACCCAUUUAGUUCCUCCAAGUCCAGGACUUUCAUCGUAGAAGAGACAGUGCGAGCCAUGACCCAUGUCAUCAACCAGGGGAUGGCCAUGUACUGGGGGACCUCGCGCUGGAGCUCCAUGGAGAUCAUGGAGGCGUACUCGGUGGCCCGGCAGUUCAACCUGAUUCCGCCGAUCUGCGAGCAGGCCGAGUACCACAUGUUCCAGCGGGAAAAGGUGGAGGUGCAGCUCCCUGAGCUCUUCCACAAGAUAGGUGUUGGAGCCAUGACCUGGUCCCCACUGGCCUGUGGCAUCGUCUCGGGAAAGUACGAUGGGGGCAUCCCCCCCUACUCCCGUGCCUCGCUGAAGGGAUACCAGUGGCUGAAGGACAAGAUCCUGAGUGAAGAGGGCCGGCGGCAGCAGGCAAAGCUGAAGGAGCUGCAAGCCAUUGCUGAGCGCCUGGGCUGCACCCUGCCCCAGCUCGCCAUUGCCUGGUGCCUGCGCAACGAGGGUGUCAGCUCCGUCUUACUGGGGGCCUCCAAUGCUGACCAGCUGAUGGAGAAUAUUGGAGCAAUACAGGUCCUUCCAAAGCUGUCGUCUUCCAUCGUCCACGAGAUCGAUAGCAUCCUGGGCAACAAACCAUACAGCAAGAAGGACUACAGAUCCUAAGCGCGCCCGAGCGCGCCGCCCGCCGCGCAGCCCUCGCCGCCCGUUCGCUUGCUUACGCUUUGUUGGAGCAAAGUGGAGAGUGUGGUUUCGCACCGCGAGCGCCGAGAGCCAGCGCUCCCACCCGCGCUGCCCCGGACAUGGCACCGCGGCCGCCCGGCCUGGCUCUGCGGCGCAGGGACGGCCGGCGGGAGGCGAGCCCCGAGCUGCCCGGCCGCCCUGCCCGCAGCCGGAGCUGUCCCGGGACCCGUUGCAUGCGUGGCUCCUGCCUCCGCGUCGGCGGAGGCGACGGGCGCGGGGUGCACGCGGUGCUGUACGCCCACGGGGCCGACAACACGAAGCUGUUCCCCAGCCUG